CACAAAGAAUUGAUAUUUUGCGACGCCUUUUUUUGAUCGAAUCAAAACUCUCCAUCUCUCCAGAGGGACUGAGAGAGAAGCCAGGACCGAUCACCACGUAAGAGUAAUCACCGAGAGAGAGAGAGAGGGCGAUCUGAGCGGGUAGAGCGUACAAAUGGGCACGCUUCAGACGUGGAGAAAGGCCUAUGGCGCCCUCAAAGACUCGACCAAAGUUGGUCUCGCCCAUGUCAACAGUGAUUACGCGGAGUUGGAUGUUGCCAUAGUCAAAGCAACGAAUCAUGUCGAGUGUCCGCCCAAGGAACGACACCUUCGAAAAAUCUUGCUGGCAACAUCGGCGGUUCGACCUCGAGCAGAUGUUGCUUAUUGUAUUCAUGCUCUUUCCCGUCGAUUGGCCAAGACUCACAAUUGGACGGUGGCAUUAAAAACACUCAUUGCAAUCCAUAGAUUGUUAAGGGAGGGUGAUCCUACUUUUAGAGAGGAGCUACUUAAUUUCUCCCAGCGAGGACGCAUUCUCCAACUUUCUAAUUUCAAGGAUGAUUCUAGCCCUAUAGCAUGGGAUUGCUCUUGCUGGGUACGUACAUAUGCAUUGUUCUUGGAGGAAAGACUUGAGUGCUUCAAGAUCUUGAAGUAUGACAUUGAAUCGGAACGACUUCCGAGACCUGCUCAAGGACAGGAUAAGGGCUACAGUAAAACACGAGAAUUAGACAGUGAAGAUCUGUUGGAGCAGUUGCCUGCUUUGCAGCAGUUGCUGUAUCGUCUUAUUAGUUGCCGGCCUGAAGGUGCAGCUGUUGCCAACUAUGUUAUACAGUAUGCUCUGGCACUGGUACUGAAGGAGAGCUUUAAAAUCUAUUGUGCUAUUAAUGAUGGAAUAAUCAAUCUUGUUGAUAAGUUUUUUGAGAUGCCAAGACAUGAAGCUAUGAAAGCUCUUGAUAUCUACAAACGAGCUGGCCAGCAGGCUGGGAGCCUUUCUGAUUUCUAUGAGGUUUGCAGAGGAUUGGAACUUGCAAGGAAUUUCCAAUUUCCUGUUCUGAGAGAGCCGCCGCAAUCCUUUCUUACUACCAUGGAAGAGUACAUAAGGGAGGCCCCUCGCGUGGUUACUGUUCCAAGUGAGCCAUUGCUUCUGACAUAUAGGCCAGAAGAAGGUCCAUCUGAAGACACAAAAUCAGACACUGAUGAACCUGAACCUCCACCUUCUGAUGAGGUUGCUGUGUCUAAUGUUGAUGUCACUCCUGCUAACCCAACUCAGAUUAACAUGGAGACAGGAGAUCUACUGGGAUUGGAUUAUGGUGCACCAAAUGCAUCCAUGAUUGAGGAACAAAAUGCCUUGGCUUUGGCCAUAGUACCUACAGAAUCUGGAUCUUAUUUUGCAGAUGAUGGGCCAACAUUUAACUCAAGCGCUACUCAGGCAAAAGAUUAUGAUCCCACUGGUUGGGAACUUGCUCUGGUCACUGCCCCAAGUAGCAACUUAUCCUCGGCCAAUGAACGGCAACUGGCUGGUGGAUUGGACUCGCUCACGCUCAAUAGUCUGUAUGAUGAAGCAGCAUAUAGAGCUGUCCGGCAGCCAGCAUAUGGAGUAGCAGCUCCAAAUCCGUUUGAGACACAGGAUCCUUUUGCUGUGUCUAAUAGCAUUGCACCCCCGCCCACUGUUCAAAUGGCCGCAAUGGGUCAACAGCCGCCCAAUCCCUUCACGCAAUACCCGCCUACUUACCAGCAGCCAUUUCAGCAGCAAAAUGUGAUGAUGACCCCAACAAAUCCUUUCGGUGACCCAGGCUUUGGGACAUUUGCUGGAAAUCCCGUUCCUCAUCAACAAACUACCAAUCCAUUUGGGAGCUCAGGUCUUUUGUGAUAAUUUAUGUGAAUACUUGAUAAUGUAAUCUAGGUUUUUCUUGCACACCAUUCUGUUUUUGUUUGUUCGUCUGUCUUGUCAGGUUUGCGUUUAUUUUUCCAUCAAAGUUUAAAUUGGUGCUUCUCAAAAUUGAUCAAUUAUUUGUGUAGCAUAAUACAAAUUUUUUUGUAGUUGCUCUGAUAUGAGGCAUCGCCAUGUACUCGCGUACGGUACCGGAGACGAUUGUUAUGGUUGGUACCUUGUAAAUGAUUUGGUUCAUUGUAUUCACUUGGACUUGUAUGUACUAAUAAAGUUCGAUUAUUUCACAAUCUA